AUGACUCACCAGGGCCACGACACAGUGACCUACGUACAGUCCGUAUCUUCUCACUCAGACAAAGAGAAGAGCGCCAUUACCACGGAUAUAAUCUCAGUGUCUAGUGACUCUGAAGGGAAGUUAGAACCGCACGUGCAAUUCAUCAAUACAGAUGACCCAUUUCCGGAAUCUCCGGAUGCCCCUGUCGAGGACCAACAGUUAACUGUUCGAGCCGUCCUAGUUGGCUGCAUUUUAGGAGGUAUCAUCGCAGCUAGCAACAUCUACCUCGGUCUCAAGACGGGGUGGACGUUUGGCUCGUCGCUCUUCGGUGCAAUCUUGGGCUUCGCAAUUUUGAAACCACUCUCAAGAAGUGCACCCACUUUUCUUGGUGGGGGCUAUUUUGGGCCUAAAGAAAACAACGUUUGUCAAUCCGCUGCUACAUCAGCAGGAAGCCUCGGAUUGCUCUUUACCUCAGGUUUCCCCGCCGCUUACCAGCUUGGACUGUUGAGCGUCCACCCUAAAGAUGACUUUGGCAGGCUAAUCACUUUCACCAUUUGCUGCGCAUUCUUUGGUUUGAGCUUUACGCAACCGCUGAGGAAAUUCUACAUUUUGAAGUUAAAGCUCGUAUUUCCCUCCGGUGUGGCUGCUGCGUACACGAUCCAAUCUUUGCAUGUCGGCAAGAACGCGGAAGUGACGGCUCGGAAGAAGACCAAGGCGCUGAUCUACGCCUUCAUCUUUGCCAUUCUUUUGCGGGUGGUCAGCGAGUAUGCUCCGGGAAUGCUUUGGGACUGGCACAUUUUCUACGCUUUGAAUAGAAUAGGGUGGAGUUCAGCAAUUGCCGUCGAGAGCUGGGGCUGGAUUUGGGAAUGGACCCCCGCAUUCAUUGGCGUAGGGAUGCUUACAGGUAUCAAUGCUUCGUAUAGUUUCCUCAGUGGAAGUUUUCUCGCUUGGGCUAUCUUGGGGCCUAUAAUUGUGGCAAAAGGACUAGUCCGUGCAGUUCGCUUUCGGCAGCGUUGCCAACAAAUCGAUACCUGGAUACAUGAAUUAUAUGAGCAUGUGAGCUAUCUGAGUCUUACAGAUCCCAUCAACCAUCCAUCUCCUAGAUAUUGGCUGCUCUGGCCAGGCACUCUAAUGCUUCUCUGCGCAAGUUUUGCGGAAGUGGGGUGUAAUUGGAAGUCCUUGUAUGCUGGAAUGCGCUCCGCAUGUGGACCGCUCCUGCGGCGAUUUUCGAAAGGCGAUCUAGAGGACGAUUCCGAGUUUGUGGAUCCUGUGCCUGAGCACGAACGUGUCCCCUUCUGGGCUUGGGGCUCUUUACUUGUCGUCAGUACCAUCAUUACGUGUGUCGUCAUGAAUGUCCAGUUCGGAGAGAACGUUGGUGUCACCCUCCUUGCGAUUUUCUUUUCUUUCUUAUUCAGCUUUAUUGGUUGUGAAAGCGCUGGUCGUACGAAUAUCAAUCCCGUCACAUCAAUCGGUAAUGCUUCACAAUUGAUCUUUGGAGGUUUAGGAAGGGGUCAGAACUACGCCGUCAAACGAGGCGAACUCCUCAACUUGCUUUCUGGGAUGUUGACGCUAGGCAAGUUCUGCGGAACAAGGUACCCUGGCAUUCUCUGUUCAGAUACGGAAUAUUUGUUGAUACUGAGAUUAGCUGGGCAUAUGAUUGGGGACCUGAAGACCACGCACCUUCUCCGAGCGUCUCCAAAGGCUGUAUUCGUUGCUCAACUCUUCGGAGCCGUGGUAUCAAUUUUUGUUUCAGCUGGUCUCUAUGUUGUGUUUUCGACGGCUUAUCCCUGCAUCAACGACCUGAACCACACUACCUGCGCGUUCCCCACGCCUGAUGUGCAGUCAUGGCGCGCAGUAGCCGUUGCUGUAUCUUCGAGCACGUUACCUAUUCCACCGACCUCUGGAUAUACCGCCAUCGCACUAGGAUUAGCAGCCGUCAUCUCCGUCGUGGCCAAGUAUACAAUCGUGCCUCCGAAAUAUCAUGACUUCAUACCCAACUUCAAUGCUAUUGGAAUUGGGUUCAUAAUGAACAUCUGCACAUAUCCUCUGGCAAUGUUUUUCGGCUCGACUCUUGCAUUUUUCUGGAGAAGAAUGUUCUUUAAUAACUACCAGAUGUAUUGUUUUGCCGUUGCCGCGGGCUUUAUUGCAGGAGAAGGUCUCGGUGGUAUCGUGAAUGCUAUUUUCACAAUCGCUGGCAUCUCUGGUGCAACGCAUGGGACAUCCGUCGGGUGCCCUGGAGGGGUUUAUUGCGGAUAA